GUUGAAUGGGAUGAAUGAGAAGCUUCGUGUCGAUAGAGCUGGAGAUGCCCGAGGGGUGUUCUUGGAUUUAAGCAUGCCGUCCCUGUAUCCCGUGCUGCUCCUCCUCGGAUACUUCACCGCCAAGGCACAAGAGACUGUGACUUUAACUUCAAGUUGUUGCACUUUAGCUACAGGUUCCUGCAGAUCAACUUGUGAAGAGAUUUCUCUGGUUGAUCUCGCUACAAGCAAUGAUGAUAGAUGGCGUUAUAUUACAAAACUUACAUCAUUCUGUUCUCAGCAAUUAGUUCCUUUUUGGUCAUGCAUGAAUGAAACAUUGUCUGAAAUUGAUAAAGGACAAGGCUUCUUCGGUCGUCCCUGUUGUACAUUACCGCAGUCUCAAGCCUGUAUCAUGGUCUGCCUCCAGGCUAAGGACCGGGACGAGCUCAUAUCCGCCUGCCGCCCGAGCAACGAAAUUACUUUCUACUCUUGCCUCGAGCGCCAAGAAGUGGGCCAGCAAUGCUGCAGUCGAGCUGGCAAGCCUGAGUGUGCCAGUGCCUGCAAAGAGCUCUUCGCUAGCACCACCGAGCCGUCCGUGCAACUGAGGACAUACGUGAACAAUAUGUGUGCCCACGAUCAUCCGAGUGUUGCGAAGUGUGUAAAGAACUAUACACUCCUCACUCCGGCUGAAAAUCCAGCCAGAAAUUUGCAUUGUUGCGACCGGUCCUCCAAUGCAGAUUGCCGACUGGCGUGCCGGAAUAUUCUAAGGACGCAAACAAUCGGCCAGGAGAUAGUGGACAAUCUUAUCGAUGGGGGAUGCGGUUUCCCAAUGCCACACGACAAGCUGUGGCAGUGUUUUCUAACCAAUGCCGAUUCUAACAAACCGGAGCCGAAAUCAGUCUCCCGUCUGGACAAUCUGGGAAUGGACAGUGCGAAACUCCAGUGCUGCUUUCGGGCGGCCACGAUGACGUGUCAAAGAUUAUGCAUCAAGACGUACAGCAACGAAUGGGAGGAAACUUGGGGGGAUUUUGAUCGUCAAUGUCAAUACCAACUGGCAGAAUCUCCUAUGCUGCGUUGUUUGGCUGAAGUGGAAGAACCUUGUGAGCUGGGUUGUGAGGGAUUGAGCUACUGCACUAACUUCAACCACCGCCCCACCGAGCUGUUCAGGAAUUGCGACAGCCGUACCGACCAAGCCGCCAAGCAUGACGUCGAUUUGUGGCAACAGGGCAUCAUACGCAUGCCUACGGUUGACAUUCCUGUCUUGGAUAUUUCCACCUGUUACCCGGAAACAUGGAAGGCCAUUGCAUGCGCCUUGCAGAUCAAGCCUUGCCAAUCAAAGGCUCAUGCCAACAUGAUAUGCAGAGAUGAUUGCAUCAAGAUUUUAAGCAACUGUGUUGAUCGUAGCAGGCUUCUAGAAGGGCAGACUCCAUCCACUCUCUGCGAUGUCCUUUCACCCCCUGGGAUAACAUCGCCCUGCAUAUCCUUGGCUCCUUUCUUAGGGGAGAGCAAAUACACGCAAACUGCAGCUGAUGUAACGCACCCCUGCAAGGCGAGCACCUGCGCCACUAACGAGGUGUGCCUAGUAAACAGAAGCUGCGACUAUGGGGAGCCUUGUGUGCCUUUCGUCUGCGUACCAGGUUGUCGCAUGGGAGCUGUAUCGCAACUGGUUGUGCCUUCUGGAACGUAUACCCAGAUACCAAGGCUGUUCAAGGGCAAGCACUGCAAUUCAGUUUGUUACUGCAAUAAACAAGGAAUGAUCGACAAUUGCGUAGCCAUGCCCUGUAUCAGCAAGAACCACUGCACAGUUCUUGGAAAAGAAAUUCCUCAUCAAGGACAAUAUAUUGGCAAUUGCACUAUCUGCUUUUGCUUUGCUGGAGAACUAAGAUGUGCGAGGACCUGCCCCAAAGAGUCUUUUGCGGACAUGGAACUAAUAUCUGGUCCUUUAUGUACUUGCUCCCAAUACUAUUCCCCGGUCUGUGGUUUGAAUGGAAAGACUUAUACCAACCCCUGUGUUGCGAGAUGCGCAGGAUUGAAGGAAUCUCAUUUUCGUCCUGGAUCUUGCUUCGAAAUGGAUCCGUGCAAAAAUGUUACGUGUGGGAAUAAAAAGAAAUGCGUUGUUCGAAGACAAGUUUGCCUCAGCUUGAAGAAGAAAUGCUCCCAAUACAUAUGUGUAAACAAAGACAACUGUGAAGAUAAACCCUAUUCUCCUGUCUGUGAUACGGAAAAUGACGAACACCCCAACGUCUGCCUGCUUUUGCAAAAGAAAAGAACUCUGGCUUAUUUUGGAAAAUGCUUGAAUACUUGCCAGAGGAAAGGUCAAGUGUGCGGACACGACGGUCGGGAGUACUGGAGUGAGUGUGCUGCCCAGUCUGAAAAGAUGUCCAUCGACUACCGAGGAUCUUGUGUCAAACGACAACCAACACCUGGUGAUAAAAAUGGGUGUUCUGCCGUUUUCUGUCAGCCUCUUCCUUCAGAAUUUUGCAGUGGAAUAAUACCGCCUAACUCAUGUUGUCCUAUUUGUGGAGUUGCUAUCAAACUGACAUACAGUCAGCGUCUUCUAGACCAGGUGGUGGAGGCCAUACAUUCGAUGGAGCCAGUAACCAUCGCCAAAGUGGGCCAAAAGCUGCAGGAGCACAUCAAGACGGCCGAGUGCGAUGUCAGCACUUAUUUGGACGAGGACUUCACGAUUGUGGCACUCAUUACUCCCAACAUUCCACGGCCCUCUCUCCUACAGAUCGAGGCAUGCUUCCAAGAAGCCUUGAAGCUGCAAGCCCUGGUGGAACAGAGAAGCCCUACCCUAGUCACGGAAGUACCUUUAUCAGCAUUGACAGGUAGUUAUAUCGUGCAACCCAGUCUAAGCAGCCAGAACUCCGGUUCUGUGAUCUUAUUCAAUGUCUUUCUCCAACUUGCAGUUGCUCUGUUGGCAUUGAGAACACUAAUGGCUGGUAAUGUAACGUAGAAAUUUUUGCAAAUGGCAAGGAUGUAAAAUAUACCGAUAAAUACCGGGCAGAAUGCAAAUAUAAGGUAUCUUUGUAAAUGUUACUAAUCGGUGAAAAAUAUUAGAAUGAGAAAAUCGCCAAGUUUCUCGUCGCACAAGUAUAAUGGCCAUUAUUAGAGAAUAAUAUUUUGGGAUAGUUCUUCCUUCCGUGUAAGAGAUGAUAUUUGAAACCAUAUGAACCUCGAUAUCGCUGUUCAAGCAGUACAGUUCAUUGUUGAGAUUCUAAUCAAAUUCAGAAUUUUAUUUGGUGAAGAUUUGCUUUUAUAUACAAUUCCUGUAAAAUUAUUCUAUACUGAAAAUGAAUAUUUACUGCAGACACUGAAUACUGAAUGCUACACACUGAAAUGCUGUUGAUACUCAGUGCUAUUAUAAUGUAUAAUAUCUUAUAAUUUGGUUGAUUGUGAAUUCUUAGCACUUCUUUUUAGAAAACAGUGAAUCUUCAGUGAUCUGGAUUUAGAAACGCAAAUUGUUUUCAGACCUUCAAUUUUUAUGUUACUAUAAAAUGUAGUGAGAUUGCCCCAAGUCUGAUAAAAAUCUGGCGACACAGUGUUUUACCCCCCCCCUCUUCAAAACUUAAGUGUUUUACUGAAUAACACUGAAAAUUAGAUAACCUGACAGAAAUUGCUGACAAUUUAAAAAAACUGACAACUUUUGUUAUUAUCUAGUAAGGUGUUGCCAUAAUUUCACUUCGUUUUAUACAGUUUGAAUUUCGUUUUCGCCAGGCGUAAUAAAAAUCCACUUGUACUCUGGCUUAGUUGUGAAAAAUAUGAAAUUCAAAAAAAAAAAAAAAAUCCUUUUCUUAAUCCAGAAAACAUAUAAGCUGAGGAAACAAUUAUAUUUUCACUUAUUUUUCUAAAUAUAUAUAUAUAAAAAAUGUGAUAUAUAUUUUCAACCAAAAAAGACGAAACAUUGUUUACACUGGAAUGCGAUGAAACUGGAAGCGUACAAGUGAAUUUAAUCUAUUGUCUUACACUGAUUUUUUUCAUCAGUUUAUGUCAUAAAUCGUGUGAUCAAUCAUCAUCAUUAUUCAUUGGAAACAAAGGUAUAUUUGCAAUUUUUUUUAGAAACGAGAUAUUCGCGUGUUCGAAUAUAGUGCCUUUAUGUAAACAUUAUGCCGCUGUUGAAAUAUUGUAGGAUUUGAUGAAGUUGAAGAUAUUCUUGUUGUCUCUAUAGGAAUACUUUUAUAUCACUCCAAGGUGAGUGUCUAGUAUGCAAUAUUAUAGUACCAUCACACAUAACAUCAAAAGAAUAUAUAUAUAUAUAUAUAUCUUUUAUUUAUCUUUCGAUGUAUUUAUUCAUAUGAAAUUGUGCGUGGUACCUUCAGAGCUAUUGAAUUUCUUGCAAUGUUUUUUUUUAAAUCUCAAAGUUUGCCUGUUUUAUUUGUCCAAGAUAUCGAGAAUCAACGAACAGGCAUUAAUUAAGAAGUUUUAAAAAUGUAUUUUAAUAUCUAUUGAAACGCAGCCUUUUUCUUUAGUGAGGAGCUACCUUUGUAUAUAACUGCAGCGGAUCUCAAUGAAUGAAUUCACUAGACACUGAUUAAUUUUUGAAAUUUUCAAUAGAAUCAAG